GAGCAGGAAAGCGAUAGGGGCUGACGGCGCUCCCCCACCACACCAACCUCACAAGAGUUCCGGGUUCUUUCGGCCGAAAGCUGCUCGCUGCUACCGCUUUCACACGGCAAGACCAUGGCUCUUCUACUGGAUAACCAAUUCAAAGACCUGCCUCCUGACAAGGCGAUAGACACAAAGUUGUUUUUGGAGGCUGUGUCUCAUAUUCCUUCAUUUUUUGACUGCUUGGGAUCAAAUGUAUUUUCAGUCAUCAAAUCAGACAUUAAUGGCAACAUAACGAAAAUUAGAGCAGUUUACAUGAAGGAUCCUGCAAAGUACGUCACCCUGCAGGACAUUGUGGAGGCAGAGCGAGAAGCCCAUGCAGCAGAGUGGCCUAAAGUUGGAGCAACACUAGCUUUGAUGUGGCUGAAAAGGGGUCUCCGUUUCAUACAGAUCCUGCUGCAGAGUUUGGCAGAUGGAGAAAGAGAUGAGAACAACCCCAACCUAAUUCGGGUUAAUAUCACCAGAGCAUAUGAACAGGCGCUGAAGAGAUACCACGGCUGGAUUGUACAAAAGAUUUUCCAUGUAGCAUUACAUGCAGCUCCAUACAAGUCAAACUUCCUCAAAGCUCUGUCAAAAGGAGAGGAAGUGAAAGAGGAGGACUGUCUUGCAAAUGUGCGUCAGUUUCUGGUGAAUUACACUGCCACUGUAGAUGCCAUCUACGAGAUGUACACCAAUCUGAAAGCCGAGCUGGACUACACUGUGUGACGUCCCGGGACAUCUGUCCACCUCUCAGGGUUCAGACGAAUCCAGUUUUUUAAAAGUUGUUUUUAAUUGAAUUACUUUUUCUUUCUGUCAGUGUGGUAUUUAUGAUUACUUUGAUUAUUCCUUUUUAAAAUUACCAUGGUAUAUUUGGUCUUAAAAUCAUGAAAAUGCCUUAAGAUUUUAAA